AACGGCCUUCGCAAGCUCCUGUCUCGCAGCGUGAACCGGUGGGAGCGGUUCCUCCUUGACCGCACCCGAGUAAGACUUCUUCUCUGGGCCGCGAUAGAGCAUCUCUGGACAGCGAUAGAGCAUAUCUGUGGGCGAGUCCUUCCACAAUACUUCACCUCCCUCGAUGGAAGCCGAGUAGCUCUUCUCCUCCAGACCGCGAUAGAGCACCUCAAGCACGUCGGCUGCGUCACUCACAAAGAGAUUUACUCCGUUCCCCUUCACGGCCACUGCACCCAACAAGGGGGCAAUUACCCCGCCACGAGUCCCUUGC